CACCCCAAGAUGCGCCCAUGAUAGAUGUGCCGAUUCCAGGUGAAUCUUUGCCAGAGGAUCCAGCAGCUCCGGCUGUUGAUCUUGCACCGGAGCCAGUACAACCCACUGCGACGGCAGAUUUUGCCGCCCCGGACACUCCUACUCUUCCUCAGAGCUCAACAACUAUGUCGUCGAGUGCCACUCCUGUACAGCCCACCGAGAUAGUGCAGGACUCGCAGAAAAGAAAGAGACGUUCCGCCAGUCCUGUACCGCGCGCCGAGGAUGUUGCAGCGAAACGAGCGAGAACAAGCGACGAGGAGCGUGUUGUGGCCGAUAUCGAAAUGCCUGAAACGAACAACGAAAAAGAAGCGGCGCAGGUAGUCGACUCUGCCCACAAGGACCCAGCAGUUGUCGCUAUUGGCAGUGCACAGCCAGAGAGGCCUACAUCACAACAGGCCGACUCAAACGGCCUUGGGAAUCCAAACACAGAAAUUACACACGGCUCGCCUCCAAACGAUUCGUACCAAACAGGCCCUGCAUUGGUAGACAACAUUGAACCACAACCGCACCUGAACAACGAAAACGAUCCCGACCACGACCAUGAUGCACCAAUAGGCGAGUCCGUCGUUGACGCACAGCCUGAAGAGGAGUUCCAACGAGACCUGGAGCCUCCUAUUCAUCCAGUUACCCCGGCCCUGUAUAUAAAGAAUUUUAUGAGACCUCUCCGACCACAGGCCGUACAAGAUCAUUUGCUCGACCUUGCAACACCCGCAGGUGUCCAAAUCGAUGAACAGACCAUUUCGGCAUUCCACCUAGACAGCGUUCGCACACAUUCAUUCGUGCUCUUCAGUAGCAUCACAGCUGCAAAACGUGUGCGCAGUGCCCUCCACAACCGAGUGUGGCCUGACGAGACAAAUCGGAAACCUCUCUGGAUCGACUACAUUCCAGCCGACCGCUAUCGUGACUUUGUAGAUAUGGAGCUAGCCGCUGGUAGUGCCCGAGGUUCCGGUAGCCGUUACGAGGUUGUCUACGAGCAUGACCAUGAGGGGCAUGUGACUACUAAGCUAGAGGAGAGUGGUGGAGCUGCGCCCGCUGCCGUUCUUGCACCACAACUCGAACACACGCAGUCAAUUCCCACAGGCCCCUCGAGAAGCUCUACGGGCAUCGAGGGCGCACCGACUGGGCCGCGAGGCCUUCAGGGCGGAGGACGAUCUCAUGUUCAAGGAGCUCGCACGGACCGAUCCGGCGACUACAAGUCAACCAUCGCACGUCCCUCGGUACCAUUUCAAGCCGUGCCCGAAGAACUUGUGCAGCGAAGGCUCGAUGCAAUCAGACAGGCAAAGUCUCGAGACUAUGACCAAGCAGCCGACAAGAACAAAGAGUACCGGCGGUACUUCUAUGAGAACGGCGACCACCUGGUCGACCGGGGCCCUGAGAUCUUCCUGGGCAUUCGGCCUCCUCAUCGCGAACGGGAGCGACGUCAGGACCAAGAACGUGGUGAUAGACGACGUGGAGGCGGUGGAGGGAGGCGGAACGGCAGAAGAGGCAUGCCCAUGCAUCAUGGAGUUCCUAAAGGAGGCGACAGAUAUCGUGGCACAGCUUCUUCAUCGGCCGACUACGAUGAUAGACCUCGCUAUGACGACAGAGGUGGAGAUCGGUAUCGUGGCGGUGAUAGCUACCGUCGUCGCUAGAUGGCUUUGAGGGCUUCACACAGCGGAUAUGCAAGAAUGCCAGCAUCUAUGUAUAUUGAAAACACUAAUGACAAAAAAUAUAUAUUGACAUCGGCGCAAACAAGAUAUUAAUUCCACCAAGGCGUGUAUCUAAUCCAUCACAUAUGAUUUCGGGCUGGGCGCACAGAUCUUCGGAGCUACAAUAUUCGGCUCACCAGUUAGUCAUCUCGGGGGAAGGGAAGGGGGUUUUCUUUCUCUGUUCCAUGUCAUCGUAAUAACUUUGCAAUGGCCAAAAACACCUGUUCCGGCAAAUGUACUGUAGAACUGUUCCCCCGUCCAAGACCGGCGUAAGGACAAGCAACCAUAUGCAAGGAUUAUCACAUAUAAAAGGGAACCAAAAC